GACACACUGAUUUCCGCCUGCAUCAAUGGCGAUUUGCAUUAAAUCAAGAACAACAACUCUUCUACCGCAGAAGCCUCGAGGUCUCUCAUCAUUCUUUGCUGCUAUAAUAACAGAAGGAUUAGGGACCUCUUUCUCAAGAUGCUCCAUUUCAACAGAUCAAUCCGUGGUGAUAGAUGCACCCUCCAACAUUCUUGAUGGGAAACAUAAACCAGUCCAAGAUCAGGUAUCACCAAAGAACUGUCAAGAUCUGUUUAGAGCAUGGGGAUGUAAUAACCAACAGACAUCACAUAUAUUCGAACGUGUGCCUUCUCUCCACAAAGCCAAACUCGAUAAGCUUCAAUCCAAACUCAAAAUACUUCACGAUCUUGGAUUCAGCUCUUCUGACCUAGUCAAAAUCAUUAGCUGCCGACCCCGUUUUCUAAGAUGUAAGAUCAACCAUUACCUCGAUGAGCGAGUUCAGUACCUCGAAAACUUGUUUGGUUCGAAACAAACGCUUCAAAAAGCCAUUCUCAGAAACCCGUCAAUUCUUACGUAUGAUUUGAAGACAAUGAUUAUACCGACCGUUGACUUAUACAAAUCUAUGGGCAUAAACCAGGAGGAUUUAACAUUAAUGCUUCUAUCUCGACCUACUAUAUUACCUAGAACCUCACUGAACGAUGAGAAGUUGGAGUACAUCAGAAGAACCGGCACAUCAAAAGAUUCGAAAAUGUACAAAUAUGUGGUCACCAUUAUGGCUAUUUCACGCCUCGAGACCAUCCGUGAGAAAGUAGCAAACUUGGAGAAGUUCGGGUUCAUGGAAGAUGAGGUUUUUCGUCUUAUAGGUAGCUCACCCCUCGUGUUGACUUUAUCGGUUGACAAAGUUCAAAGGAACAUGACUUAUGUGGUGGGAUGUAUGAAACAGCCAGCAAAGGUUGUAUUAAGUCACCCUUUUUUGAUUUUUAACAAUCUCGAGACGGUGAUGAAACCCCGUAUGAUUGUUGCUGCGAAGAUAGACGAUAUGGGUCUUUUUCCACGUAUCGAGGGGCCCAAAGUGUUCACGGCUUUGAGGAUGACCGAAAGAAGGUUUUUCAAGGCGUUUAUCAAUUGUCACCCUCUCGAGACUGCAAAGGAGUUGAUGGAUUGUUAUUUGGAUGCAAAACAUGUCAAACGGUUAGCCGAAGAAUCUAAAAGGAGUGUGCAUAAAGGAUUUCCUUUUUGAACAUAGAUGUUAGGUCUGCAUACAUCUGAUGCAUCAGACCCUCUACUUUUGAGGGGGAUCUGCAGUUCUUGUAUUUGUAACUCUAUAAAUUAGCAAACCACCAUGGAUUUGUGGAGCUAGUUUUACAUGGCCAUGAUUUAAGAAUUAGAUUGUUCAUGGCUCCAUUUUAUGUAAAGUUAUACCAUUUAAUGACAAAGAUUGUUUUAGGUCC